AUGACUCCAGAGAACGUCACCAGGGCCCGGGUGGUCCCUGCUGAGUUCAUCCUCCUGGGCAUCACAGACCGCUGGGACCUGCGCCUGACCCUCUUCCUGGUCUUCCUGCCCGUCUACCUGGUGAGCCUGAUGGGGAAUGUGGGCAUGGUGCUGCUGAUCCGCGGGGAUGCCCGUCUCCACACGCCUAUGUACUUCUUCCUGGCCAACCUCUCCCUGCUGGAUGCCUGCUACUCCUCAGCCAUCGCCCCCAAGAUGCUAGUGGACCUGCUGCUGCCCCAUGCCACCAUCCCUUACACAGCCUGUGUCCUCCAGAUGUUCGCAUUUUCAGGGCUGGCUGAUGCAGAGUGCUGCCUGUUGGCUGCCAUGGCCUAUGACCGCUACGUGGCCAUCGGGAACCCUCUCCUCUACCGAACGGCCAUGUCGCGGCGUCUAUGCCUGACCUUGCUGGGAGCAUCAGGCAUGGGUGGCGCAGUGAGUGCCUUUAUCCACACGACCUUCACCUUCCGCCUGAGCUUCUGCAGCUCCCGGGAGGUCAACAGCUUCUUCUGCGAUAUCCCUCCACUGCUGGCCAUCUCGUGUGAUGACACCAGCCUCAAUGAACUCCUCCUCUUCGCCGUCUGUGGCUUCAUCCAGAUGACCACAAUGCUGGCGAUUGUCGUGUCUUACGGAUUCAUUGCUGGGGCUGUGAUCCGCAUGCGCUCGGCUGAGGGCCGUCGGCAAGCAGCUUCCACCUGUGGCUCCCACCUCACCGCCGUGUUCAUUCUGUAUGGGACCCUCAUUUUCAUGUACCUGCGUCCCAGCUCCAGCUAUGCCCUGGACACUGACAAGAUGGCAUCUGUGUUCUACACCCUUGUCAUUCCAGCUCUCAACCCACUCAUUUACAGCCUUCGCAACAAGGAGGUCAAGGCCGCCCUCCGGAGGACCUGGAGCCGAUCCUGCUGUCCUGGGCAGGGGCACUAG